GCGUUCAGCGAGAUGCUCCGCUACUGACUGGAUCCGCGAGCCCUGCCUCUUUUUUCAUUGGACUGUGCGGCCAGACCAAGCUGUCAGCCCAUGUGGCGUGGCCAGGCAGAAUGUAACACAUUUCAAUUCAUCUGAGAAAAAGCGUGAGAGAAGCACAGAGGCUUACGGAAACCUUACACAGAGUGAAAGGACAGAGACAUUCCCCCCUACGGUUACAGUCAAAGGAGCACCUCCUGGAUACACGGUCAUUCAGCAUGGAUGAUAUAGUCAUAGCAGGGAUAUCGGGCCGUUUGCCCGAAUCCAACAACCUGGAGGAAUUCUGGGAAAACCUCAUCAACGGUGUGGACAUGGUGACGGAGGACGACCGGCGGUGGACACCAGGUCUGUACGGUCUUCCAAAGAGGAAUGGUAAACUGAAGGACAUCAGCCACUUUGACGCAGCCUUUUUCGGAGUGCACCCCAAACAGGCCAACACCAUGGACCCCCAGCUCCGCCUCAUGCUGGAGAUCGCCUACGAGUCUAUCGUAGAUGGAGGACUGAACCCAGCUGCUCUGCGCGGCAGUAAGACGGGGGUCUACAUUGGGGUGAGCGGCUCGGAGGCUGGAGAGGCGUUCAGCAGGGAUCCAGAGGAGCUGCUGGGCUACAGCAUGACCGGCUGCCAGCGCGCCAUGCUGGCCAACAGACUGUCCUACUUCUUCGACUUCAGCGGCCCCAGCACUGCCAUCGACACGGCCUGCUCCUCCAGCCUGUUGGCUCUGGAGAACGCCUUCCACGGGAUCCGCCAGGGCCACUGUGACGCCGCUCUGGUGGGGGGGGUCAACCUGCUGCUCAAGCCCAACACCUCGGUGCAGUUCAUGAAGCUGGGCAUGCUCAGUCCUGAGGGGACCUGCAAGUCCUUUGACGCAUCAGGAAACGGAUACUGCCGUUCUGAGGCAGCAGUGGCUGUGCUGCUGACGAAGCGCUCAAUGGCUAAAAGAGUGUACGCCACAGUGCUGAACGCUGGCAACAACACAGAUGGAUACAAGGAGCAGGGUGUGACCUUCCCUUCAGGUGAGAUGCAGCAGAGGCUGGUUCGCUCUCUCUACCAGGCAGCUAAUAUAACUCCUGAGCAGGUGGAAUAUGUGGAGGCCCACGGCACAGGGACCAAGGUUGGGGACCCACAGGAAGUGAACGGCAUCGUCAGUGUGUUCUGUGACUCGAGGUCAGAGCCCCUGCUAAUCGGCUCCACAAAGUCCAACAUGGGCCAUCCAGAACCGGCCUCUGGUCUGUCUGCUCUUGCUAAGGUGGUGCUUUCUCUAGAGCGAGGAGUCUGGGCCCCCAACCUGCACUACAACAGUGCGAACGCGGACAUCCCAGCGCUCAGCGACGGUCGGGUUCAGGUGGUCGACCGGCCCAUUCCCAUCCGAGGCGGCAUCGUAGGCAUCAACUCGUUUGGAUUCGGAGGUUCAAAUGUUCACGUGAUUCUCCGUCCAGCGGAGAAAUCAACUGACACGGCCGCACCGCCCAGGACACUACCCAGGGUGCUUCAAGCCUGUGGCCGCACAGAGGAGGCAGUGAAGGCGCUGCUACAAAAAGGGAAGGAACACGCUGCUGAUGAAAACUUCCUGUCUCUGCUGAAUGAGGUUUCAGGAGCUCCUACUUCCAGCAUGCCCUUCAGAGGCUACACCCUGAUAGGCUCUCAGAGCGACGUCUCCGAGGUACAGCAGGGGCAGGCUGCCCCCAGGCCCAUCUGGUACAUCUGCUCAGUGGGGAAAUAUGAUCAUUACUUGUAA